GCUUCGUUUCGGACUCAAUCCUCCUCAGAGUGGGCCUGGCGUUCUGUGCCGGAAUCGUAUAAAUUUAUGUAAUCAGUCGUCCGGUUGGAGGCACAUUGAGUGGAGGUCUUGCUUGUUUUGUCGCCGUUACUAUAUAUUUCUGUAAAUAAUGGACAAGAUGCCCGAGGAGGAGGAUGCGUCCCCGGUGUCGACAGCUCCCGUCACGCCCACAUCUCCGCACGAGUUCAAGAUGUUGCCGCUGUUCAUGGACUUUGAGGAUUUUGAAAUUUGCAGGCCAGCUCCCUUUUCCUAUGAUGACAAGGCCAUGCUGGAGCGGAAGAUGUGCGACUACGCCCGGAAGAUCACUUACCAAAUGGCCAAGGCCGGACAGACCACCCGCAGGGUGCGUGUCUACGCCGAUGGCAUCUACGAUCUGUUCCAUCAGGGCCAUGCCCGCCAGUUGAUGCAGGCGAAGAACAUAUUUCCCAACGUCUACCUCAUCGUGGGCGUGUGCAACGACGAGCUGACACUCCGGAUGAAGGGACGCACGGUCAUGAAUGGAUACGAGCGCUAUGAAGCAGUGCGUCACUGCCGAUAUGUGGAUGAGAUCGUUCCAAAUGCUCCCUGGUCGCUGACUGACGAGUUCCUCGAGGACAACAAAAUUGACUUUGUGGCCCACGACGACAUCCCCUACGGAGCUGGUGGCGUCAACGACAUCUAUGCUCCUCUCAAGGCGCGCGGCAUGUUCGUGGCCACGGAGCGUACCGAGGGUGUGUCCACCUCGGACAUUGUGGCGCGAAUCGUGAAGGAUUACGAUGUAUAUGUGCGCCGGAACCUGGCCAGAGGCUACUCCGCCAAGGAGCUGAACGUCUCGUUCCUAUCCGAGAAGAAGUUCCGUCUGCAGAACAAGAUGGACGAGCUAAAGUCACGCGGCAAGCGGGAGCUGACCAAGGUCAAGGUGGACAUCAUCACCAAGUGGGAGGAGAAGUCGCGCGAGUUUAUUGACGCCUUCCUGCUGCUCUUCGGUAGGGAGAGACUCAAUAGCCUGUGGAACGAGUCCAAGGGCAGGAUCAUCCAGGCCCUCAGUCCACCUGGCAGUCCGAAUGGCUCUAUCAACGGCGACGACUCUGAUGGAAAGGAGCGCGAUGACGAGUCCGAUGACGAGUACUUGGAGCUCCCCUUGGAGUACGGGGCGGCGGGCAAGCAGGAGCGGAGCGGCUUGACUCGGCGCAGCCGAAAUCUGGCUGCCUACGAAGAGGAUGCGGAAGCGGAGAAGGACCUAGAGUACGAACGACGCAGCAAUUGACGGCUUGCUGCCAUUCCAAAUUCCAUUAUUUUUAACCCUUCAAAUACGACUGUAAAUUAAUUGUUUGUAAUUGGUUACGAGAAGAAAACAACAACGGCACGACCUCCUCACCCCUCGAUUUGUGGGAUGGUUCCCGAUGCUACAAGGGGUUGUUUAAGUGUUAAAUAUACUCUUGACAAAGACAAGGUCUGCCCUGGAAA